UUUUUUUUCCGGGCGGCCCCGGCGGCUGCGUACUGGCUGUGGGAUGGGAAGUGAAGCCCCAGCGAGCGGCGGCGGCGGCGGGGCGGUGAGGCGCAGCCAGGGGGAGGCGGCGGCGGCGGCGGCUGGCUGGUGAGCGGCGGGCGGACCGGAGCCGGCGGAGCACCUGCAGCGCGGGCGGCGGCGGCGGCCUCACCAUGGCGAUUCGCAGGAAGAGCACCAAGAGCCCCCCGAUCCUGAGCCACGAAUUCGUGCUGCAGAAUCACGCGGACAUCGUCUCCUGUGUGGCGAUGGUCUUCCUGCUGGGGCUCAUGUUCGAGAUAUCAGCAAAAGCUUCUAUCAUUUUUGUUACUCUUCAGUACAAUGUUACCCUCCCUGUAACAGAAGAACAAGCUACUGAAACAGCAUCUUUUUAUUACUAUGGUAUCAAAGAUUUGGCUACAAUUUUCUUCUACAUGCUAGUGGCGAUAAUUGUUCAUGCCAUAAUUCAAGAGUAUGUGUUGGAUAAAAUAAACAGGCGUAUGCACUUCUCCAAAACGAAACACAGCAAGUUUAAUGAAUCUGGUCAGCUUAGUGCAUUCUACCUAUUUUCUUGUAUUUGGGGCAUAUUCAUUCUAGUUUCUGAAAACUACAUCUCAGACCCAACUAUCUUAUGGAGGUCUUAUCCCCCUAACCUAAUGACAUUUCAGGUGAAGUUUUUCUACAUAUCACAGUUGGCUUACUGGUUUCAUACUUUUCCUGAGCUCUACUUCCAGAAAACCAAAAAAGAGGAUAUUCCUCGGCAGCUUGUCUACAUAGGUCUUUACCUCUUUCACAUCGCUGGCGCUUAUCUUCUGAACUUGAAUCGUCUAGGACUUGUUCUUUUGGUGCCACAUUAUUUUGUUGAGUUUCUUUUCCACAUUUCCCGCCUGUUUUAUUUCACUGAUGAAAAGUAUCAGAAAGGCUUCUCUCUGUGGGCAGUUCUGUUUGUUUUGGGAAGACUUCUGACUUUAAUUCUUUCAGUGCUAACUGUUGGCUUUGGCCUUGCAAGAGCAGAGAACCAGAAGCUGGAUUUCAGUACUGGAAACUUCAAUGUGUUGGGCGUAAGAAUUGCUGUUCUGGCAUCAAUUUGCAUUACCCAAGCAUUCAUGAUGUGGAAGUUCAUUAAUUUUCAGCUCCGCAGGUGGAGAGAACAUUCUACUUUUCAGACACCAACCGUGAAGAAGAAGCCAACAGUGACAAAGGGCAGAUCUAGAAAAGGAACAGAAAAUGGUGUAAAUGGAACAUUAACUUCAAAUGGAGCAGACUCUCCUCGUAAUAGAAAAGAGAAAUCUUCAUAAUGAAUUACAAUCCGGUUGAUUAAUGUCCCCAAAGAAACCUGCUUUGUACUAUAUCUUUCAGCUCUAGAGAUUUCUUUUUUCCCCCCUGUUCUUGAAAAUGCAGUUUGUGCUCUUUGAUUCUCGCUAUUGUACCGUUUCAUGUAUUUUUAAAGGGCAAUUGAGGGGAGGAUAAUUACUAUGAGUGAGAAAAAUAUUUUAGCUUAGACUAAGCUACUUGCCUUUAAAAUAGUUUAGGGACCACCACCAUAUUUUACUUUAUUUUUUAUCUUUGAGCAUUUUCUAAUGAUUUGGAGAGAUAACUAUUUGCAAAAAUCCUACAUAUCAAUGAUACAGUUUCUUGGUCUCACUGAUUUUUUAUAUUAGCAAGAUGGCCUCUUCCAGCCAGGUCAUAUUUUUUAAGUUAUCUUUCAGAGUAAAAUGGAAAUAAUAUAAAGUUGGAUGUCAAACUUUAAUAUGUUUUCAGUGUUCUCUAAUUUGUAGGAAUUUUUGUAGCCUUUACACCAGGGAAAAAAGAUUUGUAAAUUUGCCAAAAUAAUAGUGUGCUUUAUUUUUUAGAUAGUGGUUGUUAAUGUUACAUCUUUUUUUUAAUAAAAAAAUAUACUAUUGGUUACAGUAUGGAGAUUUUUGCCAUAUUUGUUGAAUCAAAAUAUCUUUUAUUAGCAUAAAAGUAUUUGUGAAGUAAAAUCUUUCUUGUGCAUUUUCAACACUUGUAAAUGGAAAUCAGAAAAUUAAAUAUUUACUACAAAGAAGAAAAUCUGACAUAGCCCUUUUUGAUAUGUUUAUUAAUAAUGAUUCUUAAUGGGGCUUGUGAUAAGUUCAAUAUGCACAGCAUCUUAGAAGAACAUUGUUUAACCUUCAGACCCUUUCUAAAAAUAAUGCCUAUUUGAUUUAUAUCUAUAAAAAGAGUGUCAGGUAAUUCUAUUUGGAAAACACUUAAUACGCUGACCUUAAAAAAAAAUUGAAAAUUCAGGUGGCUAAAUAGUCUUAAAAGGAAACAAUGCUUUAUGUUACAACUAUAGCUUUGGUCCCAUCUUUAAUUGAGAAGCAUUUAUCUGUAUAAAACAUAUUUUUGGAUAAAAAAAAAAGAUAUAUAUUUGUAUCUCUACAGAAAGUCUCUAAAAAACUUGAGUAAAAUAUUUGGUUCUCUUUUCUAUAAUUAUCCUUUAAAAUCCUUAGAGUAUUUGCAUUUUUGUUGUCUUUACGUACUUGUGUUCUGUGUUCAUACCUUGUUCCCCACUUCUCACUUCUGUCACCAGCUCAUCUCUGUGCUGUGUAGAGUGUAGGAGGUGCAGGCUGUUGGGUCUGCAGGUAAGAAGUUGCCAUGCUGUUAGGAAGUCGUGCUUUCUGUCUCCAGCUGUUUACCUACUUCCUGGGGAAAGUAGUAGCUCUCUGUAGCAUCAUGGAGUUUGGAACCAAAUUUUUGCCAUUAAAAACUGGCGUUCUAUUGAACCAUCAUUGAGAAAUCAAUCAAAAUAAAAAUUUUUACUUUUACAACCUA